AUGGCUACAAGAUAUAUCGCUGUCUACUUUAAACACCUUAAGAAAAAGAAUGACGAGCGCGUUCGCAAAGAUCUUCCUGUGUUCCCCAUUACAGCUGAUGAAUUGGUGGAUUUCGUGGAAGCAAAGGUCAAUGCGACUACCUUGGAAUCGAUGAUUGCCGUCUUGGACCACCUUGGUCGGUUACCAGAACACGGCGACAAGUGGGUCAAAUCAGUAGUUCGCCAGCCACGCGUGCUAAAGAUUUUGGAUCGUUAUCAAGCAAGACGAAAGCACAACCCCAACUUUGUGCGUCAACGGUUUUCAGAUAAUAUGUUACGACGACGUUCUGAGCGCUGGAAAAUGCUACAUGGCGACGACGAACGAGUAGGAAAAACGCCUAUCAAAGAUAUUAUGCAGGCACUAGAUACCAAAAAGCAUGUCAAAAGCAUCAUCAACCAACUUCAAUCAACUGGUCUCGACUUUUCAUCAUCAGCAUCAUCAUCAUCAUCAUCACCACCACCUACACCUACGCCUUGCCCAAUGACACGACCCCGCGUCGCCGUUCCCGAUACUCCCAAAGCUGCAGGUUUUCUUGUGUAUGGCAACGGGAAGUCAUUACUAGCCCAAUCCACGGUAGAGAAAUUGCAAGAGGAAAGGUCCAAAUACAAGACCAUAAAACUAGAUAUUGCAGACUUAUCAUCGCGUGUGAGCCUUGUUCCCCAACCAAGCCCUUACGAUCGUAAUGGUUUCAUAUAG